GCCCCCAUGGCGCCGCGUCUCCUCCUGCUCGCCCUCCUCGCGCUGGCCGUCGCCGCGCCGCCGGCGCCGGCGCGCGCCGCGGUGGCGAGCAUCGACCUGGGCUCCGAGUGGCUCAAAGUCGCCGCCGUGCACCUCGCGCCAGGCCGGGCCCCCAUCGCCGUCGCCACCAACGAGAUGUCCAAGCGCAAGUCCCCCGCCCUGGCCGCGCUCGCCGACGGCAACCGCCUGGCCGGCGAGGAAGCCGCCGGCAUCACGGCGCGCCACCCGGCCAAGGUCUUCUCCCGCAUGCGCGACCUCCUCGCCAAGCCCUUCCCCUACGCCACUGCCCUCGCCGCCUCCCUCUUCCUCCCCUACGACCUCGUCGAGGACCCCCGCGGCGCCGCCGCCGUCCGCGCCGACGACGGCCAGGCCUACUCCGCCGAGGAGGUCGUCGCCAUGGUGCUCCACUACGCGUCCGGGAUCGCCGACGCGCACGUCGGCCUCCCCGUGCGCGACGCCGUCGUCGCCGUGCCGCCCUACUUCGGGCAGGCCGAGCGCCGCGCCCUCACGCAGGCCGCGCAGCUCGCGGGCUUCAACGUGCUCACCCUCGUCAACGAGCACGCCGGCGCCGCGCUGCAGUACGGGAUCGACAAGGACUUCUCCAACGAGUCGAGGCAUGUUGUAUUCUACGACAUGGGCUCUGGCAGCACCUACGCCGCCCUCGUCUACUACUCGUCCUACAGCGCCAAGGAGUUCGGGAAGACGGUGUCUGUCAACCAGUUCCAGGUUAAGGAUGUCAGAUGGAACUCCAAACUCGGAGGCCUCGAAAUGGAAAUGCGUCUAGUGAACUACUUCGCCGAUCAAUUCAAUAAGCAGCUUGGUAACGGGGCUGACAUCCGCCAGUCUCCCAAGGCAAUGGCUAAGUUGAAGAAGCAAGUUAAGCGCACCAAAGAAAUUCUUAGUGCAAAUACUGCUGCUCCGAUCUCAGUUGAAUCUCUGUACAAUGAUAUCGAUUUCAGGAGCACAAUAACACGUGAAAAAUUUGAAGAGCUUUGUGAAGAUCUAUGGGAGCAGGCCCUUACUCCAAUUAAAGAUGUGCUCAAGCACUCUGGCAUGAAAAUUGAUGACAUCUAUGCUGUAGAGCUGAUAGGAGGAGCUACUAGGGUACCAAAACUGCAGGCUAAACUGCAGGAAUUCCUGGGAAGGAGCGAUCUGGAUAAGCACCUUGAUGCAGAUGAAGCAAUUGUUCUUGGUGCCUCCCUGCAUGCUGCUAACUUAAGUGAUGGAAUUAAGCUGAACCGCAAGUUGGGCAUGAUUGAUGGUUCUACUUACGGUUUCGUGUUUGAAAUAGCUGGCCUAGAUUAUGUCAAAGAUGAAAGUAUCGACCAAGUACUUGUGCCGAGGAUGAAGAAAAUGCCAAUAAAGUUGUUCAGGUCCAUCAGACAUACUAAGGACUUCGAUGUCUCUCUCAGCUACGACAAAGCUUCUGAACUGCCCCCAGGUGUUUCAUCACAUAAGUUUGCGGAGUAUUCCAUAUCAGGCCUGACAGAUGCGAGUGAAAAGUAUGGAAGCCGCAAUUUGUCUGCACCUAUCAAAGCAAAUCUACAUUUUUCUUUGAGUAGAAGUGGAAUUAUUUCUCUCGAUAGGGCAGAAGCAGUGAUUGAGAUAACUGAAUGGGUUGAAGUUCCGAAGAAGAACUUGACUCUGGAGAGUAAUGCCACGGAUCAGACUUUGUCUUCUGAAUCAGGAACAUCUGAUAGUGCAAAAGAUAGUAAGGAGGAUUUGAGCUCAGGAAGUGAUGCAGAUAAUUUGAGCAGUACGAAUGAUGAAAGUAAUGCGCAAGAUACUAUUACAGAGAAGGUGCUAAAGAAAAGAACGUUCAGGGUUCCAUUGAAGGUCAUUGAAACGACGGCUGGUCCUGGAUCGAUUCUUUCAAAAGAGUUGUAUGCUGAAGCAAAAAGUAGGUUAGAGGUACUUAAUAAGAAGGAUGCUGAAAGGAGGAAAACUGCUGAACUGAAAAAUAACUUAGAGUCUUACAUAUACUCUAUGAAGGAAAAGUUGGAAGAAAACACGGACAUGUUGACUGUCUCAACUGAACAGGAGAGGGAAUCUUUUGCAGAGAAACUCAGUGAGGUGCAGGAUUGGUUGUAUAUGGAUGGCGAAGAGGCUCAAGCAAAAGAAUUUCAAGAGCGCCUUGAUCAGCUUAAGGCCAUGGGUGACCCAAUUCUUUUCAGAUUGAGUGAGUUAAAAGCCCGACCUGCAGCUUGCGGAAGUGCUCGAUUGUAUCUUAAUGAGCUACAAAAGAUUGUUAAGAACUGGGAGACAAGCAAACCAUGGCUUCCUAAAAAGAGAAUAGAUGAGGUCGUGAGUGAAGCAGAUAAACUGAAGACUUGGUUGGAGGAGAAGGAAGCCCUGCAGAAAAGUACCCCUGUCUACAGCUCACCUGCCUUCACAUCUGAAGAGGUCUAUCAGAAAGUUUUGGGCCUACAAGAUAAGGUCUCUAGCGUCAAUAGGAUUCCAAAACCAAAGCCCAAGGUUGAGAAGAAACCUCCAAAGGAAGAAGAGUCUGCUAGCAAGGAGAAACAACCUGCCUCUGAGUCUGAAUCCAGUGACAAGCCAUUGGAGUCAGAGCCUGCGCCGGAAAAGACUAACGAUUCAGAACCAGAAUCUCAUGACGAGUUGUGAUUAUUAGAAGUCGACCUUUUGAGAAUCCCUUAGAGAGCUGGUUUGGGAGGUACUGCUCCAUAUACUCCGAGAAUACAGUUUGUCACCACAGUUUUGUUUGACGGCCGAAAGAGGUUGUGUAGGAACUGAAGGCAGACUAAUGCUAUAUGGUCGUGAAGAAUUUGAUAUAAAUCCACUGUAUAGCAGUAUUGUGUUCUUAUGGCAUUUUGUUAAGAUAGUGCCUCGAAGGGCUUAGUUAUCGGGACUUCAGGACCCAACUGUGUAGUUGCAUUGUUGUAUUGAACUCAUAUCUUUUUACAGUAGCUACAGGGAGUUUCACAUAA